CUGCGGGGAUGGCCGGCGAGUGGGCGCGGGCGCCAGGAGGGGCCUCCUGUGAUGGCGGCUGAGGAGGGGCCGUGGGGAUGCCUGUGGAGGGGAUUCACCCCGGGACAGCUGAGGAUUUAUUUUUAUGAAGGAAAUAGCCUCUCUGUCCAACCCUGUGGUCCCGGGAAGACUUUGGCUUUGAUUCCGUAUCUGGUUGAACGUCGAUGGCCCGGUCCAUGGGCAGUAGAGAAUCUUAACGUGCCAUGGCUCUCAGGAACGAGAUGGUUCAUGUGAGAUAAGAGGACGCAGGGGCAUUGAUGCAAGCUCAGUGCACAGACCUGUGACCAGAGCCUCUCAACAGAGCCCCAGGACUGAGAGAAGUCAGCAGAGCAACAGAAAAUGAUCAAGCCUCAGAUUUCAUUUGAUGAUGUGACUGUGGAUUUCACCUUGGAGGAGUGGCAGCUAUUGAAUCCUACACAAAAGAACUUGUACAGAGAUGUGAUGUUGGAGAACUAUAACAAUCUUGUGUUCUUGGGUAAGAAUACUCUUCUUAUGUGACUUAGUGUGUGCCCAGUCACCAUGGGGCCUCUGAGGUGUUCAAUGAUUUCAGAUUUAAGUUUCAGUUAUCAGAGAUCCUUUGAUUUCUAAACUCCACUGGAAACGUUUUAUUAACUUGCUUUAUUUCACAGCCUUCAUAAUAAAACAUUCUUCAUAUUUAAGAGCCCCUCAGCCCCAGCAGUUGGGUCCAGGCCUCUGUGUUUCCAAGUAAUGGUAUCAAAUUAUCAAACCUGAUGCAAUUUUUAAACUAGUACAAGGAAAAGAGCCACAGAUAAUACAUGAAGAAAUCCUAAGUCAAAACUUUUCAGGAGGGAAAGAACCAUAUGGGAUAAAGUGAAUGUUAAAACUCAACUUUCUAGUGACAGGUUGACACUUUUGAAAUAUUGUUUAGAAAACUUAGAGUUGACUCAGUAUGGUGACAUGAGUUCCUCAUGGUUUUUGACUGAUAAGAUAUACAUUUGGUCUCCACAUCAGGGUUUGCCCUCUUUGGAGGAAGUUUACAAUGAUGUGUAUCCUGUUAGCCUUGCUGUGGAACAGACUGAUGGCUGAGCCUUUAGGACUGCACCUUCUUGGUUAGGGCUCUUCUUCCCAGCUUCUUCCUCUGCUUUUCCUUUUCUUCCUCUGCCACCUGUCCAACUUGUAGUGGUAGGUUUCUUCUCUCCUCUUCAAGAAUUCAUAAAUUUUCUUCAUUUCAGGUGACACUAUUUCCUUCUGGUUUUCCCUUGUUUCUUCUAGUUUGUCAGAUUUCUAUUUUAAACCCAUGGAGAGAGUAGGAAUGAAAUCAUGGGUAUAGGCUAACGAUCUACUCUCUUAAGGAGAGGGAGAUCCUGCCUCCCCCCGAUCACUACACAAACUGAGACCACUGAGUCUUUCUGGUGUGUGUGGUGUGUAGCAUCUUCAUCUUCUCAUUCCUACCACCAGACAGUCUGAUGGGUUGGAGUUCCCCAUUGCCUACCUUGUGACAUUUCAAUUUCUUUAUAUGUUGAAGAGCCUUGUGGUACAGCAGCAUCUUAUCAUCCAGCGCUUUUUCUGUGCCCAAAAGUCAUGGUUAACUCCAUUCGAGGUAGUUUCUUCCUUAAUGCUUUAAUUAUACUGUGUUUUCCCCAUUUGGACACUACCCUCUCUUUGGUUUGAACUCUUCUUUUUUUCCUCUAGUGAAAGUUCUAUGACUCUCAGCCUUUCCUAAAAUCUCUGUCCACUUAGCAUCUAUAUCAUAGGAGCCCAUCCAGAGUUCCUGAUCAGACCUCAAGAAUUCCUUAACUGUCUUGAUCCUUAGGUUUAUCCAACAUAGAGAGAUGGCCAGUAACUUAUUCUUUUCUGCUCUCUAUGGAAAUUAUGCUGUGUAUUUAUUACUGUUUCACCAGUUGGUUGUUGGGGAGUCAGGUGAGAGUAGGAUCUUUCUUACUCAUAUUUAUGUAAUACAAAAGUUUUCAUCUAAGCAUGUGGAUCACCUUACCUCGGAAAAUAUUUCAAUUUACAAGUAUCUAGGCACAUCCUUCACAUGCUCAUUAGGUCUGGGUGUGUGUAGGCUAGAAAAAUUAUCUAUGAAGUCUUUAUGCUCCCGUUAGUUAAGAGCCACUGCUAUUGUGUGGCAUGAAAGGCAUUUAAAGGAAGUAAGAAUCAUGAAAUACCUUGCAGGAGCACAGAAUUUUAAUUUAGAAGUAAUACAAAACUGUAUAAAAUAUCAAUAAUUCAGUAUCUGAACAUGAAGCAUUUGUGUUAAAUGCAAACUUAAUUAUCAAGACUAAUGAUAAAGAAAGUGACUGCUUUAGAAGUUCAGUGAUAAGUCAAUAGUGUUUAUUUUACAAGUAAUGGGGGCUUUUAUGUGCUAUGCAGUAUGGUAGAUACAUCAGGGGAAAAUGUAGACCUGUUUUCUGCUCUCAUGGAACUUACAUUCUAGUGGAAGAGACAGAAAUAAGAUGAUUACCUGUUUGAUAAUUGCUGUGAAGGAAAUAAAACAGGGUACUUGAUGGUGGGUCAUCAAAAUGACAUUUAGACCUGAAUUAGGCAGGCAUGCUAAAAACUGGGUGGAGCAUACCAAGUUAAAGGACAGCAAAUGCAAAGUUCCAAAGGUAGAAGAGGUCACUGUGGUCCAACAAACAGAAAGGGAUCAAGUGUGGCUGAAGAGUAGUGAAUGAAAUUGAUUUGAGAUGAAGUUGAAGUGGUUGGAAGAAAACAGGUCGUGCAAGGACCUGCAGGUCAGUAUAAGAAGUUUGGAUUUAUUCAAAGGAUUUUAAGCAGGGGGUGACAAGGCCUGACUACGUUUUCUAAAGAUUACUGGCUGCUGUGUGGAGACAAGUACUGAACUGGGUUCGGUGCUGGGUGCAGUGUAUCAGGUUUCAGAGAAUGGGUGAAACGAAGGUAGCAGGGACUGGAGCGUGGCAGAAGCAGAGAAGUGGACAAGUAUACGUGGAUCCCGGUAGAAGAUGAUACUAGUAAAAGGACUUUUUGGACACAGUUGAACAUCUAAACCUUUAAAUCUGUAGAUGAACUAUUGUGUUUUUAUUUCAUUUAAUUCAUUAACUUGAAUAAAUAUUUCUUAAUCUUAUUUUUAUUUUUAAAUUGUUUGUGCACUUAGAUUUACUGAAGCAAUUUUUUUACACUCUUCAAGUGGAUCUUACACUUUAUCUACCAAAGACUCUGAUUUAUUUGAAAAGAAAAAAAAAGCUUUAUUGAGAUAUAAUCCACAGCCCAUACAAUUCACUGAAAUAAAUUGUAUUAUUCAGGGUUUUUUGGUUUUUGUUUUUAGCAUAUUCACAUUCAUGAAUUUACUCUUUUCUUUCCUACUAACAUCCAAGUCGGAUUUGAGGUUGACUACAAAAUCAAUGACUCUGCUUUUAAUAUUCAAAUCUCUUCUUUUCUUAAGUCUUUCUCAUCUCAGUGAAUAGCAUUAUCAUCUUCAUUUGCUUAAGCCCAAAAUGUUGAGUCUUCCUUUCAUUCUCCUUCCCUAGAACAGCUCUAGUUGGUUCUUCCUUGGAAAUUCCAAUUAUUUCUGAGAAUCAGGUGAGACUUUCCUCCCCCAAAAAAAAUUAUUCAUCAGAAAAUAGGUGGUUGUCUUAAAUUCGAGACCUCACAAACCUUUCAUAUUGCAGAAUACUUCCUGGUGGUAUAACCUCACGGUUGCCUGCAAAAGAUAUCAUCAUCAAGUAAACAAACCUUUAAAAAGAUGACUUUAAAAAGAAGAAGUCUGGCUAGAUAAUAAUCACAAAAUAUGGCAACAGGAUAAUCAAGACAAGCUAAAACAUUUGGAGAGAGGCCAUGAAUAUGAUGUUUUUGGGAAAAUAAUUCAUUCAACCAUAAACUUUGUUCAUUUAGGAAUGAGACCCCAUAAAUACGGCACAGGUGAAAAAAGUUUGAAACAUCCUUUUGAUUUCCUUAUUCCAAAAAGUCUCUGUGGAAGAAAGAACCUUGAUGAGUUUGAUAAGAAAUUAUUAUUCCAUAUCAAACCUGAUAGAACUCAUGGUGGAAUAAAAUACUGUGAUAGCCGUAAGUGUAAAAAAGCUAGCAGUAAAGAUUCAUGGCUCACUACAGAUCAUAUGACACAUACAGGAGUAUAUUUAUGCAUUGAAUGUGGCAAAGUUUUUAACAGGAGGUCACAGCUUAUUAUACAUCAGAGAACUCAUACAGGAGAGAAACCCUAUCAAUGCAGUGAAUGUGGAAAAGCCUUUUCACAGAAAUCAUUGCUGACUAUACAUCAAAGGACUCAUUCAGGAGAAAAACCCUAUGGAUGUGGUGAAUGUCAAAAAGCUUUUGGCAGGAAGUCACUGCUCAUUUUACAUCAGAGAACUCAUACAGGAGAGAAACCCUAUGGAUGCAGUGAAUGUGGAAAAGCCUUCAGCAGGAAGUCACAACUUAAAAGACAUCAGAUAACCCAUACAAUAGAGAAACCCUAUGUAUGUAGUGACUGUGGAAAAGCUUUCUCCCAGAAAUUAAAGCUCAUCACUCAUCAGAGAAGUCACACAGGAGAGAAACCCUAUAACUGUUGUGAAUGUGGAAAAGCCUUCUUUUGGAAGUCACAGCUUAUUACUCAUCAGAGGACUCAUUCGGGGAAGAAACCCUAUGCAUGUAGUGAGUGUAAGAAAGCCUUUAGUAGGAACUCACUCCUCAUAAGACAUCAGAGGAUUCACACAGGAGAGAAGCCCUAUGAAUGCAGUGAAUGUGGUGAAGCCUUUAUCAGGAAACCACAGCUUAUUAAACAUCAGGUAACUCACACAGGAGAGAAGAAUUAUCAAUGCAGUGACUGUGAAGAAGCUUUCUUUAAGAAGUCAGAGCUAAUUAGACAUCAAAAAAUCCAUUUAGGAGAGAAACCCUAUGGGUGUGUUGAAUGUGGAAAAACCUUCUUUGGCAAGUCACAGCUCCUAACACACCAGAGAACUCAUACUGGAGAGAAACCUUAUGAAUGCAGUGCAUGUGGGAAAGCCUUCUCUCAGAAGUCAAGCCUGAUAUCACAUCAGAGGACACAUACAGGUGAGAAACCCUAUGGAUGCAGUGAAUGCAGGAAAACCUUCAGUGAGAAGUCAAGCCUCAUUCAUCAUCAGAGAACCCAUACAGGAGAAAAGCCCUUUGAAUGUGGUGAAUGUAGGAAAGCUUUUGCCUGGAAGCCGCAGCUCAUUAGGCACCAGAGAAUUCACACCGGGGAAAAACCUUAUGAAUGCAGUGCGUGUGGGAAAGCAUUUGUUCAGAAAGUGCAGCUCAUUAAACAUCAGAGAAAUCAUACAGGAGAGAAAACCUAUGGAUGCAGUGAUUGUGGAAAAGCAUUCUUUGAAAAGGCACAGCUCAUUAUACAUCAGAGAAUUCACACAGGAGAGAGACCCUAUAAAUGUGGUGAAUGUACAAAGUCUUUCACUAGAAAAUCACACCUCAUGAGGCAUCAGAGAAUUCAUACAGGGGAUAAAUACUACAGAUGCAGUGAAUGUGGUACCAGUUUCAACAGGAAGUCACAGCUCAUGAUACAUCAGAGAAAUCAUACAAUAUAGAAACCAUAUGAGUAUAGUGAAUGUGGAAAGCCAACACUCAGAAGUUUUAACUUCCAACACUUUUGAGGAUGCCUGUAGGAAAGAAACACCAUCAAUGCAGUGACAUGAAAAAGCUGUCUUUGGGAAGUCAAUCAUAUUAAACAGAAUUAAGAAAGGACAGAAUUUUUUUUUAAGUAGAGAAUGGAAAAAGAAGUCUUCUCUCAGGAAUCACAGCUUGUUACACAUUCAAGGACUCAUCAAGUGAAAAUCUUGUCAGUAUUGUGAUGUUUCAAAAGUUACAGCUCAUUACACAUUAGAGAACCUAAGCAGGAGGACACCUCCAUUGUUCUUAGCAAGUGAGUGGAAGAUUUCAUCACCAAACAAUAACUCACUGUGUGACGGAGAAUACUUACAGAACAGAAAUGCUGAAUGUUGCAUAAUACAGAUUUCAUACUGAGAAGUAGCCCUAAUAACCUGAAGAAUUUGACAAACAUGAUCCUGUUAAAACAACUCUAUAAGGAAAUUGUGUUCAUUGUAUAUAAACUGUGUUUUUAAGAAUAUUUUAUUCUAAAUAGUAGAUAUAUUUAGUUAAGCAUGAAGAUUUCUGCCGUCAGCCAUGGUGGAAUAACAAGGACCAAAUUUACUCUCUUGCCUUAAACAGCCAGAAUCUGAACAAUAUAUAUGAAAUAAUUUUCAGGCAUAUGACAAAUGCAUGUCUGUUGUCCCUGGUAGAAUAAAAAUAAAUACAAGGUGAGGAACAUCUUAUAAUUUCCAAGCUUACUGCCUAGUGGCAUGAGGUCACAGGAAGGGAGCAAACAGAUGGUCUUGCUGAAUUGAAGGGAUAGAAUUGGCAUCCAUGAGGAGCCAAGGUAGCUAGAAUUUUCAGGGAAGAGUAUGGGAGAGGAGGGAGCUUCCAGAUAGAGGGUCCAGAAGCCUUCCAAGGUCCCAUUGCGUGCUUUGGCCAGAUACUGAUUUGCACAUGUGUGAGAAGAGACUUCCUGAGGCCAUGAGAACCACUACAGUGCAGUGGGCUGAACAGGCCCUGGAGUUCACACCGGGUUGCAAAUAGUUCACGUUCUCAUCAGCCUAAAUGGAACUAACUUGAAAUACAUGGGGCAUCUGGUAGAAUUCCCAGAAGGGUAUUGUCUUAGUAGUGAGUCUAGAUUAACCUCUGUUUAAAGGCUGCUCUGGGCCCCACCCCCAACAAAGCUUAAACAAACUCUGAAAGAAGCCAGUUGAUUCCAUGUAAAUUAGGUGAACAUCAGAAAAAAUCUGACCCUAUUUAAAAGAAUACAGAAAACUGCAGCCCCCAGCAAGGUAAAAGUCACUGUGUUUUGCAUACAAUAAAAUUUAUCUGGCAUGCAAAGAAGCUGGAAAAUAGGACUCAUAACCAGGAGAAACAUGAGUCAAUAGAAACACUCAGGAAAGACAGAUGUGGUGAACUAAGCAGUCAAGAAUGUUAAAAUAGCUAUUAUGAACAUAAAGUAGAGAAAAAUAUAAACUUGUUGAAACCUGAGUUGAGAGAUAUAAAAACAAAAAACACAUCUCAAACUUCUAGGGAUGGACACAGCAAUAUCAGAAAUGAAAAACAUGCUGAGUUGAAUUAUCAGAGAAAUUGUUAUGGAAGAAGAAAAGAUCAAUGAACUUUAUGAGUAAGAAUAAAAACUAUUUGAAUCAUUCUCAGUGAGAAAAAAAGACUGAAAAAUAAUAGAGAAUCAGCUAUAGUGAUUUAAUAUGUGUGUACUUGGAGUUCCAGAAGGAGAGAAGAGAGGCAGAAAAAAAUAUUUGAAUAGAGAAUGGCUGAAAAUUUUCUAAAUACAAUUAAAACUAUAAUCCCACAGAUUCAAGGAGCUCCAAGUAUCCCAAGCAGAAGAAACUUAAAGGAAAUCACCAAGGCACAUCAUAGACAAUUUGCCGAAAACCAAUGAUAGAGAAAAUUUUCAGAACAGCUAGAGAAAAAGACCCAAUACAUACGGAAACACCAGAGCCCCGUCUUUAAACUCCUGAAACAAAACAAAACAAAAUCCUAUAACCUGGAAUUCUAUUCCCAGCCAAAACCUCUUUCAAAAAUAAAGGCAAAAUAAGGACUUUUCAGAUAAACAAAAACUAAGAGAAUUCAUCACCUGCAGACCUGCCUACAGGAAAUUAUAAAGAAAGUUAUUUGGACAACAGGUAAAUAACACUAUGUAGAAAUUUGGAUCUACACAAGUACCGAAGUACCAGAAAUGGUGAAUAUGUGAGUAAAUAUAAAAUGAAUUUUUCUCAUUUUAAAAGCUUCUAAAAAGGAAAUUGACUGCUGAAAGCAAAAAUAAUACGGUGUAUUUGGGAAUUUAUGAUGUAUUUAGAGGUAACGUGUAUAACAACAAUAGCACUUAAUGACACUUUAAAAGUAGUUCAUUUAAUGGAGUGUAUCGUCUAAGUCAGAAACCUAUUUCCUCAGGGCUCAGGGUGACUUGCAUUUGUAGCAGCUACACAGUUGGAAUUUUGUGUAUUGUGGGUCCAUAUGUGUGCUAAUUAUUCCCUACUUCUCCAGAUCCAUUUUCAAUCCUUCUCUGCUCUGUAACACUGGAGUUGUCCUCUGGCAACUGCUUCACUGGUGUUUCUGGUUCGGGUUGAAUGAUGAGAGAUACCAGUAAGAGAUUAAAUGGUAGGAGGGAAAGAAGUUGGGAUACCUAUUACCCAACUCUCUCCUUUCUGGACCACAUAGGCAGUGUCGAGUUCCUCUCUAACCAUGGCUCCUGUUGGGCAGCCCCGCGUCUGUGGCUGUAGAUCUCUACAGCUUUCAGUUAGAACAUCCCCUGUCUUCACAUUUAAGGGGAUAACUACUCCUGGGUGCUUCAUUAUCCUUUGUUAUUUCCUUAACCAAACACAUAUCUGUAAAUAGCCACUUCAUUAAAUUUUCUUGUGUUAAUACUUUGAGUGUGCCAUUUGUUCUCUGUGCCAUCUGUUAAAUGAUGAACAAUUAAUAAAAUUGUGAUUUAUUGAUAAUAUGUGCCUCAUAAGGCAUACACUGACAUCUAUCAAGAUUUCUUACCCUAAAUAUUACUAUUUUCUAUUUGUAUUUUAACAGUGCAGUAGAAAUUAUAGCUUAAAUAAUAGUUCUUUGUGCUUUUUUUUCUGAUUGUUACCAAUUGCUACAUAUGUAAAUGGGCUUGCAGUUAUUAUUAAAUCCAGUCAGUAGUAGAAACCAAAACUUUUAUGAAGUCUUAUGCUACCUCUGAGUUAACCAAAUAACUUAAACUAAGCAGUGUGGUUAUGUUAAACAUGUGUACAAGAAACAAGAUAACCAGUUACUGGGUGAUGUACCAUAUUUCUCAGUACUCUAAUUUGUUAGAGUGCUGUGCAAUUAAAAUAGCCUUCCAUAUUAUGCUAUUCUUUAAUAUACAUAAUCAUGUAACCUGUAACUCAUGGACAAGAUUUUCCAUUUUGGUAAUCAAAAUUAGUAUGUCGAACUUCUUCAAAGGCUCUGCACAACCUUUCCCAUCAGUUCCCAUCAUAAACACUACACCAAAAAGUAAAUCAGCUUUUCUAAGAUUAUACCAGAAUUGUUUCACUUAUAAUCUCAUACAGCAUAAAUUAAGUUACGAUAGAAUACCAAAGAGGUCUCAUAUAGAUAAUACUGUAUGCUAUCAUUUGUCAGAUAUUUCCCUUAAGAACUUCACCUUGCCUUAUCUCCUCUCACCCAUCCAUUCUCUUGGGCUGGCAUGCAGACCUCAUCUGAAGGGAAAUUGUUACUCUCGGGCUACACAGUGUGUUCCCUCUCCCAGUUGAUUUUGCAUUUCCAUCUGUAUUUUUAACGAUCUCUUUGUGCAGGUUUCUGAUGUUGGACACCCCCGAGGCACCAGUCAUGUGGUAGUCUAUGUCAGUCAAUUUGUAUAGCAUUCUGGUCCUGUCUUUAAAGAAUUAGCUACCUAAAGAAAUAAAUCUUUUGAGAUUUAAGCAGAAUUGGAAUGCAGCAUUGGAACAGUUACCUGUGAUCAUUUCUUUGUAAUAGUACUAUAUGAUCUAUAUAUGAUAGAAAAAAAAAUGGUUUCCACCAUCAGGAUUCCCCCACAAUCCCUUUUAUUGGGAUUCUCACUCAUUAUCUUAGAAAACUUUUUAUACCUCAUGAUACCUGUCUGCAACUUGGGAACAGACAAUAUAAGUCUCAUGGUGAGCUCAAAAGAGUGAAAUUCAACUAAAUUGUAUUUAAAAUCUGCUUUCCUCUACAUUGUACAGUUUCCCCUGAAGUCAUCUUUCUCACCACAGGAUUCCUCUAUAUCAACUCACUUACGUUAAUAAGCAGUGGAUUUGUUUUGAUGCCAAAUCUGUGAAUUUGGUGGUAUUAUCUCACAAUUCUUUGUUUACUCUGUGGUAUCUUUGCAACUUGGAGCACAGUUAUUACUCAUUGAAUCCAGGUAGUCUUGACAUCUUGCUAUUGAGAUUGUUACUUUCAGAAUGCUAAGAUUCAAUAAACCAGGGAACAUCAAACGCAUUUAACAAUACCUAAAUCAUUAAAGGUGCCCAACAAAAAAGAACAUCGCUGUAGAAGCAUUCACUGAGAAGAUAAAAGGAAGAGAGAAAUGAAGGGACAUUUGUAAUUUGAGCUUCCAUUUAAAGUAUUCCUAUUACUGUAUAUACUAAUAAAAAAUGAAUCGAGCUCAGACUCACCGAAAAGUGGUGGGGAUGUGGGAGGUAAUUAACUUUUAGAGCUCCUUAGAGGGUAAUCAUGUGAAUGGGCCAUUCAAACCAUGUGGUACCACUGCAGCCACCCAAAUACAGAGUAGAUUUAUUCCCAAAUUAUGAAGAUCAAAAGACAGCUCUCUCAGGGAAUAAACAAGUUAUAAAUGAUGUAUCCUGUUGUGUAUAAUGUGUUUGCAUAAAGCAGAAUGAGUCAGAUGGCCAUGAUGUCCGAAAUCUGGGACUACCUGUGCUUUACAUACAAGGAUGUGAUAAACAGAUAACUGAAAAAGGCUGAACUGGUCUUCACUCUAGAUGAGGAUCUCCUGUGUAAGCUGCUGACAUUUGUGUCCUCUGACUGAUGCAUCUUCUUGAGAUCAGGGGAGGCUGGUGGGGGGAAUGUGCUAGCUCAGACCUAUUGCUGAUACGUCCUUCUGUGUGACUUGAAAAAAAAAUUCUGUACCCUUAUAUUUACUGAGUAAAUUAUUUAAUGAAUGAA